UAAAGUUUUAUAAAAAAUCUCGUUAUCCUCCGGGUAUUUACCCUAAGCUGACGGUAAUGAUUAAGUUCAAAUUCUUCCGGAGUGAAAUAGACAGAUUUGUCAGUAUUUGGACUUUAACAGGAACUGCUAGUCAUAAAGUGAAGUAACGGUAGAUUGUGGCCAGAGGCAGCAUCGCCUUUCCUGGCUGCUUUUUUCCAGGGAACGGGUCGGUCCAUCCGGUGAGACACUCGGGAACCGGUUACCGGGUCAAUAACGAAAUAACUAACCCACUCAGAGAGGGUGGAGGGAGAAUGAAGAGCACCCUCAUCUCACCUUGUUAACCAGAACCAGAACCGGACCAGAACCAGAACCAGAGGAGACAGCCAGACAUGGAGGAGGACGAGGAGGAGAAGAUGAGCAGCAUGGAGGACCUGCUGGACCUGGUUCUGCAGAAAGACUUGGGCCGGCGGCUGCAGGUGGGGCCGGAGAUCACUGAACUGCUGCUCCACCCGGACCGCUGUCCCGGGCUGGACCAGGACCAGAACCUGCUGGACAGGAUGGUGGACGCCCUGGCCAGCUCCUGGGUCAACUCCAGCAACUACAAGGUGGUUCUGCUGGGGAUGGAGGUUCUGUCGGCUCUGGUGGACCGGCUGCAGGAGAGGUUCAGGACUCAGGUGGGAACAGUCCUGCCCAGCCUGAUGGACCGGCUGGGCGACUCGAAGGACCAGGUGCGGGAGCAGGACCAGGCGCUGCUGCUGAAGGUCAUGGACCAGUCGGCCAACCCUCAGUACGUCUGGGAGCGCAUGAUGGGAGGGUUCAAGCACAAGAACACCCGGACCAGAGAGGGACUCUGCCUCUGCCUCAUCUCCACCCUCAACGUGUUUGGCUCUCAGAGUCUGACGCUGAAUAAAAUCGUUCCUCACAUCUGCAACCUGCUGGGAGACCCGACCAGUCAGGUCCGUGAUGCUGCCAUGUUCUGCCUGGUGGAGAUCUACCGCCACGUAGGAGAGCGAGUGAGAAUCGACCUGGGGAAGAAAGGGCUGCCUCAAUCACGGCUCAACAUGAUCUUCAGUAAGUUCGAUGAGGUCCAGAGGUCAGGGGUCAUGGUGCCGUCUCCUCUGUCAGGAGUGGUGUCAGCUGUCGUCCUCACAGUCACAAGACAGGGAGGCAGCAGAGGAGGAAGAGGACGGAGCGAAGAGGAGCUUUCCUCCACAGAUAAAACCUUUGAGGACGAUGAGUCGGUGGACGGCGGCCGUUCCUCGUCCAGAGCAGCCUCUGUGUCUGGGAGGAAGGCGGUGAGCAUGGGCUCGUUCCGACGGCCAUCCUCAGCCUCCAGCAGCAAGUCUGCAGGGCGGGACGGGUCGAGUGCAGGAGCUGUGGAUGAGGAGGAUUUCAUCCAAGCCUUUGAGGACGUUCCCACAGUUCAGAUCCACUCCAACCGGGAGGUGGAGGAGGCCAUGACGAAGAUCCGGGACGUUUUGUCGGAUGAUAAGAAGGACUGGGAGCUGAGAGUGGCCGCCCUGAAGAAGCUUCGCUCGCUGCUGCUGGCUGGAGCGCUGGAGUUCGACUGCUUUCUGCAGCAGCUGCGGCUCCUGGAGGCGUCCUUCAAGCUGUCUGCCAAAGACCUGCGGUCUCAGGUGGUCCGGGAGGCCUGCAUCACGCUGGGCCACCUGUCGGCGGUGCUGGGCAGCCGCUUCGACCACGCCGCCGAGGCCAUCAUGCCUCCCCUCCUCAACCUGGUGCCCAACAGUGCCAAAGUCAUGGCCACGUCGGGCGUGGCCGCCAUCCGCCUCAUCCUCAGACACACACACUGUCCUCGCCUCGUCCCCAUCAUCAGCAGCAGCUGCUCCUCCAAGUCUGUGGCUGUCAGAAGACGCUGCUUUGAGUUUGUGGACCUGAUUCUGCAGGAGUGGCAGACCAGCAGCCUGGACAGACAUGGAGCGUUGCUGAUGGAGACGAUAAAGAAGGGGAUCCAUGAUGCUGAUGCUGAAGCUCGAUCUGUGGCCAGGAAGUGCUACUGGAGCUACCAGGGUCACUUCAGCCGGGAGGCGGAGCUUCUGUUCCAGGGCCUGGAGUCGGCCUAUCAGAGAGCUCUGCAGGCCCACCUGCGCAGCGGAGACGCCCUGGUGUCGCUGCCGGCCUCCGACCGUUCCUCGUCCUCGUCUCAGGAGAGCCUGAAUCGGCCGCUGGCGAUGAAGAGCUCAGCAGGAAGCAGCAGCAGCAGAGGUCAGCACCAAGGUCAGCACCAAGGUGGCGCCCCCCACAGGCCGGGAGCCGCCUCGUCUCCAGCCACUCUGCAGCGAUCCCGCAGCGACGUCGACGUCAACGCCAGCGCCAGCGCCCGCAGCAGGAUGCCCGCCGUCAGCGCCGCCGCCGCCGCUCUUCCUCCUGGAUCCUACGCUUCGCUGGGGCGAGUUCGGACCAGGAGGACGAACGGCGGAACCGGUGCCACGGCGACAGACGGCCGGAGCCGAGGGAAGGUCGUCUCUCAGUCCCAGCCCGGCAGCCGGUCCGGUUCUCCGGGCCGCCUGCUCAGCUCCACGUACGGCCGGAUCCUGAGGCCCGCCGCAGGCGGCAACGGCGCCCCCUGCAGCGUGAGCGACAAGACGCGACACCGAGGUCACCGCAGCCAGGGCUGCAGCCGAGAGACCAGUCCGUCCAGAACCGCAGCCGCCCGGAGUCGGAUCCCUCGGCCCAGCAUGAGUCAGGGCUGCAGCCGGGAGACCAGUCGCGAGAGCAGCCGCGACACCAGCCCCGCCAGGGGCUUCUCCCCGCUGGCCAGCCGGCCUCAUUCCCGUUCCACCAGCGCCCUGUCCUCUGCAGAGGGCUGCUCAGACCGGCUGGCCCAUCAGGCCCGGAUCUCGGCCUCCGUCAACGCCAUGCGGGUCCUGAACACGGGCACCGAGGUGGAGGCGGCCGUGGCCGACGCUCUGCUGUUGGGAGACUCCAGGAGUAGUAAGCGGCGGCCCGUCCGGCGGCGCUUCGAGUCUCCCGGUAUCUACUCUGACGACGACGCCAACAGCGACGCCUCCAGCGCCUGCUCCGAGCGCUCCUUCAGCUCCAGGAACGGCGCCGGGCCCCACUUCCUGCGGCAGACGGAGGAUGUGGCGGAGGUCCUGAACCACUGCGCCAGCUCCAACUGGUCGGAGAGGAAGGAGGGCCUGCUGGGCCUGCAGAACUUGCUGAAGGGCCAGAGGACGCUCAGCCGUGUGGAGCUGAAGAGACUCUGUGAGAUCUUCACCAGGAUGUUUGCAGACCCUCACAGCAAGAGAGUGUUCAGCAUGUUCCUGGAGACGCUGGUGGACUUCAUCGUCCUGCACCGGGACGACCUGCAGGACUGGCUCUUCGUCCUGCUCACUCAGCUGCUGAAGAAGAUGGGCGCCGACCUGCUGGGCUCGGUCCAGGCCAAGGUCCAGAAGGCUCUGGACGUCACCAGGGAUUCGUUCCCCCUGGAGCUGCAGUUCAACAUCCUGAUGCGUUUCAUCGUGGACCAGACCCAGACGCCCAACCUGAAGGUCAAGGUGGCCAUCCUGCGCUACAUCGAGGCUCUGGCCCGACAGAUGGACCCGGCCGACUUCGUCAACUCCAGCGAGACGCGCCUGGCCGUCUCACGCAUCAUCACCUGGACCACCGAGCCCAAGAGCGCCGACGUCCGCAAGACGCUCCACACCUGGGCAGGUGAGGACCGAAGCUCCACCGCCUCUCUGCCCCGGGAGGGGCAUCAGGAGGAGAGGUGCAAGCAGGCGGCCCAGGUGGUUCUGAUCGCCCUGUUUGAGCUCAACACCCCAGAGUUCACCAUGCUGCUGGGAGCGCUGCCCAAAACCUUCCAGGACGGAACCACCAAGCUGCUGCACAGCCACCUGAGGAGCGCCAGCGCCGGCAUCGCCAUGGCGGCUCCAGGCGACUCAGCCGGCCGGACGCCUCCCCGCCCCCCCGGCAGCCGCAGCAGCCCUCUGACCUCGCCCACCAACCACGGCGGCCUCUCCCCCAGUCGGCUGUGGGGCUGGAGCGCCGACGGCCUCUCCAAAUACCCUCCUCUUCCUCCCUUCCCCUCCCCUCUUCCUCCCUCUGCCUCCCUCAAGGCCUUACGGCGAGCGUACUCUCCCAGCAUGCUGGAGUACGACAGUGAGAACCUGAACACUGAGGAUCUGUACGGAUCCCUGCGCGGCGUCUCUGAGGCCAUCCAGAACUUCAGCUUCCGCAGCCAGGAGGAGCUGGUGGAGCCGCUGCGGCGGGACGUGAAGCGGGACGGAACGGUCGGCGUGGCGGCAGCAUCGGACCCAGAGCGCCGGUACUGUGGCGACAUGACGGAGGGCGGCCGGACGGCUCUGGACAACAAGACGUCCCUGCUGAACAUGCCUUCGCCUCGGUCGUUCUCCGGGCCGCGCUUCAGGGACUACAACCCCUACAACUACACAGACGGCUCGCCGGAAAAGCCCGGCCCGGAGGACGGCGCCGAGCCACAGAGAGACGGCCGGCGGCAGGAGAGCGGAGAAAACAAGACACAGAACGCCAAGAGCUUUCCAGCCGGGUCGGCGGAGCAGCUGGAGCUGGUGGGGGAGCUGCUGAAGGAGCUGUCCCAGACCGGGGAGCAGGAGGACAGGCGGGGGGCGCUGCUGGAGCUGCUGAAGGUGGCCCGCCAGGACAGCCUGCUGGUGUGGGACGAACACUUCAAGACCCUGCUGCUGCUGCUGCUGGAGACGCUGGGCGACAAAGACCACUCGGUCCGGGCGCUGGCGCUCCGGGUUCUGAAGGAGAUCCUGCGGAACCAGCCGGCCCGGUUCAAGAACUACGCAGAGCUGACCAUCAUGAAGACGCUGGAGGCUCACAAGGACUCUCACAAAGAGGUGGUGCGUGCGGCUGAGGAGGCGGCCUCCGCCCUGGCCGGCUCCAUCCACCCGGAGCAGUGCAUCAAGGUGCUGUGCCCCAUCGUCCAGACCACCGACUACCCCGUCAACCUGGCGGCCAUCAAGAUGCAGACUCGCGCGGUGGAGCGCGUCUGCAGGGAGCCGCUGCUGCAGCUGCUGCCGGACGUCGUUCCCGGCCUGCUGCAGGGCUACGACAACACGGAGAGCAGCGUCCGCAAGGCCAGCGUCUUCUGCCUGGUGGCCGUCUACGCCGUCAUCGGAGAGGAGCUCAAGCCCUACCUGUCCCAGCUGACCGGCAGCAAGAUGAAGCUGCUGAAUCUUUACAUCAAGAGAGCUCAGACCUCCACCAGCAACAGCAGCAGCUCCUCCGACAUCUCCUCCUACUGAACCUCCACCUACUAAACCUCCUCCUACUGAACCUCCACCUACUGAACCUCCACCUCCUACUGAACCUCCUCCACCUACUGAACCUCCU